CCUAAUGUUGCCAUUUCACAAUUAAUAUAUGGCCUAAAUCUUUCGAGAGAGUGCUUUGAAAGAAGAGAAGUAAAGGGUAAUGGAAGGAGAUAAAGGAACCGUGUGUGUGACUGGAGGGACUGGAUUUAUAGCUUCAUGGCUGAUCAAGAGGCUUCUUGAAGAGGGUUACUCUGUGCACGCCACUGUUAGAGCUGAUCCAGAAAACAGAAGAGACACCAGUUUCCUCACCAGUCUGCCAGGAGCAGCCGAAAAGCUCAAAAUCUUCAGUGCAGAUCUUAAUGAUCCGGACAGUUUCGAUGCAGCCAUUGAAGGAUGCAAGGGAGUCCUCCAUGUUGCCACUCCUGUCGAUUUCGAGAACAAAGAACCUGAGGAAGUAGUAAUCGAAAGGGCAAUCAGUGGAGCGCUAGGCAUCGUGAAGGCAUGCUUAAAAUCAAAAACUGUAAAGAGAGUUGUUUAUACUUCUAGUGCAUCCGCAGUUCUGUUCAACAACAAGGAUUUGGACAUGAUGGAUGAGAGUUUUUGGACGGAUGUGGAUUUGGUUAGAGAAAAAUUGGACCCGCACGUACGUUCUUACAUGAUUUCCAAGACUUUGACAGAAAGGGCAGCUCUUGAAUUUGCAGCAGACCAUCGACUGGAUCUCGUGACAGUGAUUCCUACUUUUGUUGUUGGUCCUUUCAUCUGCCCCAAGUUCCCUGGCUCAGUGCGCACGACAUUGGCUCUGGUUUUAGGGAACCAGCAUGAAUAUGCUACUCUUCUGAAUACAUCAAUGGUGCAUGUUGAUGAUGUGGCAAGGGCACAUAUUUUCCUGCUUGAGUACCCUGAUGCAAAAGGGAGAUACAAUUGUUCUUCGGACACAAUCAGUCUUCAGAAGUUGGCUGAAAUUCUUUCUGCCAAGUACCCAGAGUUCCCAAUUCCAACAGCAGAUUCCUUAGCAGAAGUCCAAGGUAUGAAAGUACCUGGUUUGUCAUCAAAGAAACUCAUGGAUACAGGAUUCAAAUUUCAAUAUGGGGUUGAAGAAAUGCUUGAUGGAGCUAUUAAGUGCUGCAAGGAAAAAGGCUAUCUCUAGGAGCAAGGGCCUGAAGAUGUAGUUGAAUCCAGAGAGUCAAAGUGAAGAGGCUCAAGGAAGCUUGUGAUAAUGUAUAUCUAAAUAAGCUUGAAAAGCCACAAAACCGAUGUAGUUUGUGUUUUCUAUGUUCCCAAAGUUGUUCUUGUGAAGUGUGCACUGCAUUUAUAGUUUAAUUUAUAUGUCCAUUUUAUCUUAUAUUUAGAAUGA